GGACAAACUUCCGGCCAAGCAGCGCCCUUUCGGCGUAUUCUUCCCUUCGUUGUUUGACAGAGAAUACGAUAAAGGUGUCAUAAUUGCUCACAUUGAGGCAUCGAAGCCGCUGGCAUGUUUUUGAUGUAACGCUUCAAUGUUACGAGAGCAAGCGAUGUCCGUGGCAUUUGAUGGGAGUCCGCUGAAUGCGAUGCAGAGCUCACACACUCACACACAGCUGCCUGUCCUGAGUGGCCAGGAACUGUCUCAGGAGAUCAAGUCAUUCAUCAGUGGCGUUGACACACUUCAGGGUCGUAAGCUCAGUGUUCGAGAACACGCCCGCUGUGCUGUGCGUCUGCUACGCUCCGUCCCAGCCUGUCGAGGAGCUGUGCUGGAGCAUUUGAGGGGUGUCUAUGACGAGCAUGUCUCUGUCUUCCUGCACCACCUGGAGACCGAGGGCAAUGGCAGUUCUGGUCUCAGCUCAAAUCUGGAGGACAUCAUUCAGGAAGUUCAUGGCGUACUUUCAGAGUUCAUUCGCCUCAACCCGCGGGCUUGGGCCCCUCUGGUGUCCAGCUGGGCUGUGGACUUACUGGGUCAGCUCAGUAGCAAACAUGCCGGUCGAAGGGUGGCCCCCCACUCCUCCAGUCUCAAUGAGCUUCUUCAGCUUUGGAUGUCUUGCGCAGCCACUCGCUCCCUCAUGGAGGCCUACUCCCAGUGUUUAGCCGCAAUGCUGGCCUGGUGCCCCGAUGCCUGCGUCGAUGCGCUAUUAGACACCUCGGUCCAACAUUCCCCACAUUUCGACUGGGUGGUCGCUCACAUUGGCUCUGCCUUCCCCGGGACAAUCAUCAGCCGGGUCCUGGCCUGUGGACUCAAAGAUUUCUGCUCCCACGGCACCAAGGACCAAGGGCUGCUGGUGAACGGGGUGGACAAAGGCAGCCGAGUGCCGAAGAUCGGCUCGGUGGUGGGAAUCCUGGGACAUCUGGCAGCGCACCACUCUGACAGCAUCAGGAAAGAGUUGCUAAGGAUGUUCCAGGAGAGCCUGAGUCCUUCCAGUCCCAUGUCUCCUACUUCGUCCUCAACCUCCUGGGAGGGCUCUCCUCAGCUACGUCGAGCCGCCGUACCGUUUCUCCUUCAGCUGGCCGCCAUGUCUCCCAACCUCUUUGGUGCCGUGUCUGCUGAGCUUGUGGAUCUGCUGCGGCCACCCAUCCUGCUCCAGUUGCACAGUUUGUUGCAGGGAAUCCCAAGAGAAGAACUGGAUAACAUGCUGAGCUUAGCCGUCCACCUUAUAUGCCAAAGCCCAUCAGGGGGUGCGCGGGUUCUUCGCUUUCUGGCGGACACGGCCACGCCGGCUUCGGUCAUCAUCUCUGGUCCUACGCCAUCCCCUCACGAAGGUGUCAGAGAAGGUUGCGAUAGCCUCCUGCAAAUGCUGCUCCUGCAUCUCCACAAGUUGGUGUACAACCGCUCGGACGGGGCGGACGGACAUCCCCAUCACUCUGCUUCCCCUCAGCCGCCGAUGGUCAUCCCGUUCUUGGAGGAGCUGCAGACGCAUGUCGGUGAGCUGUGCGCCGAGACGCUGCGACUGGAGAGGAAGCGGCACCUCUGGCUGCAUCAGUUGCUUUGCCUGCUAUCUGUGUACGGUGGCCCCAGCGUGGCAACCGAGGCCCUCUGUCAGCUCCUCACUCAGGCCCGCAACCCGGAGGAGUUGGCUCUCGCCUGGCAGCUUCACAACACACUCUCGUCCUGCAUGGCAGGGCUAAUUCCUGCGGCCGUGGCCCACUGUGUGGCCCAGAUCCACACGCACACCUUGGGACCCCGGCAGCUAAGGCAGCUGCUGCUAAACCUGGCUACAGUUAUCCAGAGUCAAGAUGAAGACAGAAGAGGAACACCAGAUGCUCAGUCCACCAUGGCUGUCCAGAUGGGAUCUGCGGUUUCCGUGCACCUCCACGAUUUCAGCCCGCUGCUCCUGCACGGCGAUCCGGCCGUGUCCCAUGCUGCGGUGCGGCUCCUGUCAGCCAGCCCGCUCCCUCGAGCCGCCACCCCGGCACAUCUGCUCCUGCUCUCCCGCGCCGCUGUCGCUCAUUUCUUCUUCGCUCUGCGGAGGCGAGGAGAAGUGGGGAAGGACGGGGGGCAGGCAGCCGAGGCAGUGAGCUGCUCCGUUGCGUUGCUGUCCCGUUUUGCCGCAUACUCCCCUUUUACUCUCAAGGCAGUGCUUCAGCAGUUGGUAGAGGGAGUGCUGCAUAAAGGCAAUGCCGGACUAUUUGGAGGGCAGAUUGCAGACAUGUCGGGCGCUCCUGUACCAUCCCAGUCGGGAUCCCCUGAUCUGGGAGCCUCCUUGUUGGACAUCAACUGUCGGUUCGGUACGACCGUUAACUUUUCAGGAAGCGUGUGGUCUGUGUUUCACGCCGGGGUGAUCGGCAAGGGAUUGAAGAUGCGUACUGCUUCACCUCAACCUGACCCAUCCGGGGUGACCCUGAACAUCCAGACAUUGCUGACCGUUGUGGUCCAGUGCUGUAGCUCCUCCGGUCUCAAUGGCUCAAGGCCACCGGCAGACCCUGACGAACCACCGCCCAUCAAUGCUGAGGCAGCCAAGGUGGUUGCUGUCACGCUGGUGGAAAACGUAUGUCCGGACGUGGCCAACGGCGAGCUGUCGUGGCCUCCGGAGGAGCACGCCCGCACCACGGUGGAACGAGACAUUCACAUUCGCCGCUGCUUUGAGGCCCACCCUGCGCUCUUCACGCUGCUUCAGGUAGUGGCAGCAGGACGCCCGGCUCUUUGUUACUGCUCAGCUCUGCUCAGGGGCCUCUUGGCCACCUUGCUGGCCCACUGGGAGGCGUCUCGCGAGGCCUCGUCCACAGACUCCCCGUGGCACCUGCGGGCCUCCUGCCUCCUGGUGUUCUGCAUGGGCGAGGGCCAGCUGCUGCCUCCUGUGCUGGCUAAUGUCCAUGAGGCUUUCUCUCACCUUGCGCCUUUUGAGGUGAGGCUGCUGCUGCUGGCAGUGUGGGAGUACGUGAGGGCCAAUGGUCCCAUGCCUCAGAAAUUUGUCUUCAAUCCAGACAAGGGUCUUUUCUGCAGAGAUUUCUCCCGGGACGGAGAUGUGGCGCGAUACGUGUCACCGAUUCACAGUGUCUUGCAUAAGAACAUUGACAGACUGGGACAUCUCUGCUGGAGGUUUCAGCUCUGAGAAAAACAUUGGGAUAUCCAUAAAGGGAGGAAAAUAAAUGUAACAUUGCUCUACGAGUGGACUUCAGUUCUCCUGUCAUUGGAAUUUACUUUCUUACGUGUAGCUGUGUGCAUGUAUGCAUAUCUUUUGUAUUAGAUUUUUAGACUUUAUACUUUUCUAAUGGGUUCUCUCUGUGAUAAAGAAAAGUGUACUGAAGAUCGACUCACCUGCACUUAAUCCAACAAAACCGAGUAAUUGUAUAAUAGUAAUUGAAUUCAUUCUGAUUCAGGAAUUCAAAUCUCUCAUUUUUACUGUAGCUCAUCAGUAUAAAUUGAACAUUAAUCAUUGGCCUACAUGCUUUAAAAGGUUCAAAUUGCAAACUGGGGUUUGUACCACUUGCAAAAAAAAUAAAUCGCCUAGUUGUCAGAUGCGCCUUGAAUUCAAUAAAAAGAAACUGCCAGGAAGAUGUGAAUAAGGUAAUUUUUCUAAAAUAAAGCUUUCCAAAACUAUGUAUAACUAA